UCAUAACAAAUUCAAUAUGGCGGCUGGGGGCAAACAUCAAACAAUGCUUUGUAGUCAUAUUGUUCUGUUAUAAGUUGAUCUAAAAGUUGUGAGAUUUUUGUUUUCGUGACUGCAUCAAAUGAUUAUUAUAUUGUUUAGAGCUUAUUAGUGGUAUUCUCAUGAAAAAAUGCCUUUGACAUGCCUUGUAGUUGGUUGUAGAAGUCGUUCCAACAGGGAUGCUGUAAAAUUCUUUUCAGUGCCUGCGGUUUUAAGCCACAGGUUUCUUACGGAUAAAAACGAAUUGUCUGAAAGGCGUAGGGCACUAUGGAUAGCAGCAAUUAAGAGGGACGAUCUUACUGAAUCGAAACUAAAGAAUCAGAGAGUCUGCAGUAAACAUUUUAUAACUGGCAAACCUGCUGCUUUGAAAGAUGAAAAUCAUCCGGAUUGGGUUCCAUCACAGAAAAUGGGUCACAAAUCUCAAAAAAUUCAUAGGAAACAGGCUGAUGUUGAGAGGAGAGGAAGAUUAGAUAAACGGAGGAAAUUGUGCGGAGCUACUGGAGUUGUUGAAGAAUGUACGGGUUUAAUUAUUCAUCCAGAUACUGAUUCAGCAUCAACAUCUACAAUAACAACAUUUGCAAAAUGUGAAGAUAGGAAUUCAGAUAUUAGUUUACCAACUAUAUCUACAAUAACACCAAAAAGUAAAGAUAGUGAAGGUUCAAAAAUGGAUCUAGAUGUCAAUUUACCAUCUACAUGUAUCAACUCAGAUACUAGUUCAGCAACAACAUCUACAAUAACAGAAGAUUUAAGUAGGAAUUCAGAUGUCAAUUUACCAUCUACAUGUAUCAACUCAGAUACUAGUUCAGCAACAUCUACAAUAACAGAAGAUUCAAGUAUGAAUUCAGAUGUUAUUUUACCAUCUAUAUCUAUAAUAACACCAAGAAGUGAAAAUUCAGAUAUGGAUCUAGAUGUCAAUUUACCAUCUAUAUCUACAGCAGAACCAAAAUCAUUUAAAGAUAGUGCAGCUCAAACUUCAGAAAAUUAUUUGCAAUUCAUUGAUUUGAAGAGAAAAUUGAAGACACUGCAAGAAAAAGUUAGGCGUAGAGAUGUCCAGAUUUCAAAAAUGAAAGAAGUAUUAAUUGAAAUUAAAAAAAGUGGAUAUAUUAAUGACAAAUUUGAAGAGGUUUUGACGAUAUAUUUUGAAAGUUGAUGUUCGAAAGUCACUUGAAAGUUUGAACUGAAAGGUACAACUCUGGAACUUGUUCUACUCAAAAAUAUUGAUAGUGAAUUGAAUUCUUUUACUUAAAAGAAUUUGCAUGCACUAUAUUUUCUAUUCACCCAAAGCAAUACUUUGUUUUACCAAAUGGUAGAACUAUAAGGAAAUGGCAGCAUAGCCUUAAUUGUGAGCCAGGUCUUCUGAAUGAAGUUUAUGAGUUGCAGAGGAACUCCAUGAAAUUCGAAUCAUCAUUAAAAUUUCAAAUAUAUUCUUGAUAUUAUAUUUGAAAUUUAGAAUACACCAUCAAUCAGAAUCAAUUAAUGAUGAACCAGAGACAAGUAUGAUGAACUUCAAUAUAGAUUGACAU